UAUAUCUAAUCCGUAUCAUAAUACCAAGGAUAUAUCAAUACUAAUACCUAGGAAGAUACAGCUAAUCUAUUAUCAAUAGGAUUCUGGAUUCCUAGUUCCUAUGUACUAUUUAUUUAAUCACACUAAUAAAAAUUUAAUUUCGGAUCCUGUUACCUUAGAUAUGUAAAGUUCAAAUUGGAAAAACAAGAUCUGUUUGUCUGAACUCCAUCAGUCAAACGAGCACCUUUGACAAAUGCCUGAACACAGAAUAAUCAUAGAAUUUGAAUAACCUUCUCCAUCUCCACCAAAAAAAUUAAAACAUACUGUAACAUGUUUUACAUCUGAAAUGACGACCUCGGAAGAAGCAGUACAAUAUUUUUCAGCACUCCGUUGAUACUGUAACACAGAUGAUGGAUGCAGAGAAGAAUUAUAGACAGCUGUUAUUUUUGCAGCUGGUAGUUACAGUAUUUCUUUUUUCGGAUAUUUCUGUUACUCGAGAAGUGGAAGCCAAAAACUCUUGUCCGAAUUGUGGGAAAAUUACGGUACCUUAUCCUCUUAGCAUUUCACAAAGUUGUGGUGACCAAUUAUAUAAAGUACGGUGCACCACGGGAAAGCUAUGGCUUGAUACUCUCAAUGGAUCAUCGUAUCUUAUCACAUCCAUUUCCCCAAAGACCCAACGACUAACCAUACGUCCACAGGAGUACUACCAAAAUAGGUGUGCAAGACUGGACUUAAAAUCUGGGGGAAUCUGGCUUAACCAGAGCCUGCCCUUUAGUAUUAGUAACAGUAAUACUGUCCUGAUGAUGAACUGCACGAAUUCAACUGUGAAAUUAUCGUCAAUGGAUUGCACAUCAGGAAGUCUGUGCAAUGCUUACAAGAAUACAAGGUGCAAAGGUUUACCUUGUUGCUCAUACACAACUGGGGGUUCCAAAACAGCCUACAGACUUGACAUUUCAGACACUGGUUUGACUGGUUGUACAUCAUAUGAGAGCUUUGUUAGAUUGGUUCCCACUUUACCUGUAAAAAAGUGGCCAGAAUCUGGGGUCCAGAUACAAUGGGAUGAACCUGUUGAACCUCUCUGCACAUCGUCUUUAGAUUGCCAUGGAUUGGAAAAUUCAACGUGUUUGCCUAAUCGUGUUGUUGCAGGAUCAAAGAAGAGGUGUUUCUGCAAUGAAGGACUUCGAUGGAAUUUGAUUAAUGGAACUUGUGAAGUCAGGAAGUGUAAGAAAAGAGGUUGUCCUCAUCACAUAAACCGAAAGAAAAUUUAUCACGGUUUGAUAUUUGCAGCAUGUGGAAUCGCUAUCAUCAUAAUAUUUUUUGUACUAGUUCAGCAGCAUAAGAAGCACAUCAAAAGAGAAGCUCAUCGUAGACUGGUCAGGCAACGUGAAGAAGUAUUAAAUGCCCACAACCAUGGGAAAGCUGCUAAAUUAUUCUCUGGUAAAGAGAUGAGGAGAUCGACAAACAACUUUUCCAAGGAAAAUCUUCUUGGUGUAGGUGGAUUUGGGGAAGUCUAUAAGGGUAAUUUAGACGAUGGAACACUAGCUGCUAUUAAAAAAGCAAAGCCAGGAAAGACUCUAGGAAUGGACCAAGUCCUAAAUGAAGUCUGCAUACUUUGCCAAGUAAAUCAUCGGAGUCUUGUCAGAUUGCUUGGCUGCUGUCUUGAUCUAGACAUGCCAGUAUUGGUGUAUGAGUAUGUUCCUAACGGAACACUCUUUGAGCACCUACAUGGGCGCUACUCCAACGAAUGGGGGACCCUAACUUGGCAAAGGAGACUCUUCAUUGCUAAGCAAACAGCUGAUGGUCUUGCAUACCUCCAUUUCUCUGCUGUGCCACCCAUUUUCCACCGGGACAUCAAAUCAAGUAACAUAUUACUAGACGAAAAACUUGAUGCCAAAGUUUCAGAUUUCGGCCUCUCAAGGCUGGUCGACACUGAGGCAACCCAUAUAUCUACAUGUGCUCAAGGAACACUUGGUUACCUUGAUCCAGAAUACUAUCAGAAUUACCAAUUAACUGAUAGAAGUGAUGUUUACAGCUUUGGGGUUGUUCUAUUAGAGCUCCUUACUUCCAAGAAGGCUAUAGAUUUUAAUAGGGAAGAUGAUGUGAACCUUGCUGUUUAUGUAACUAAUUUGGCAGACAAAGAGAAACUGUUUGAUGCCGUUGAUGCAGGACUUACAAAGCAGGCCAAUAAUCUAGAACUAGAAACUAUGAAAGCAUUCGGUCUUCUUGCUGUAGCAUGUGUGGAUGAACAACGGAAAAAUCGACCUUCUACGAGAGAAGUUACAGAGGAACUUGAAUACAUCAUUAGUAUCAUUUCCCAAGAGCCAAAUAAUGACUCCAAAACAGACGGAAUUAAGAUUGUUCCUUGAAUGCAUAUUUGCUGCAGCACUGUGUGGAUUAUAGUGUUUCGAA